GUUUUAAGCACGUGUGCGUGCGACUCCAAUCACUGAGACUGUGCUCUUUCCGAAUUAGUUUCAAUUUUUCCUAUAUGAUCUAUGAGUGAAACAGUCCGCAAUGGGAAAAUCCGACAAAACAGUGACCAAAAGUGAUGGCAGCAUUUUCUCGGGCACGUUCACGCAACUUUUGGCAACAAUUAGCGGCUCGUUAUUCGCGAUCUCCGAUGGGAUGACAUACGGCUGGACAGCGCCCAUGAUGCCCUACCUCAUCAGCGAGGAAAGCCACAUCAAAACCACCAAAUCAGAAGUGGAACUUCUCGAAACUAUCCUGAUGGUCGGCUCCUUCUGCGGACUACCCACCACCAUCUACCUGGUGGACAAAAUCGGCCGGAAAAAAUCCCUGUUACUAGCCGCCUUUUCCUCGCUGAUCGGCUGGCUGGUCAUCGCCUUCGCCGACAAAAUGAUCUACAUCCACGUGGUGCGCUUCUUCUUCGGCGUCAUCGGCAACAUGUCCUUCGUCAGCAUGCCCAUGUACAUAGCGGAAAUAGCGGAGAGCAAGAUUCGGGGAUUCCUGGCCUCCGUGGUGUACCUGCAGAUGCUGAUCGGGUUCGUGAUCGUCUACAGCGUGGGACCCUACCUACCCUUCUACGUGGCGCCCAUUAUCGGCAUCGUCGUGCUCAUCACGGAGCUGUGCGUGUUCUCCUGGAUGCCCGAGAGCCCUUACUAUUUGCUCUACAAGAACAAGCACGAGCAAGCCGAGAAAUCCAUGGAGUACUUCAGGCCCGGAAAGGAUAUUAGUUUGGAGCUGAAGCAAAUCACGAAGGCCAUCGAACGGCAGAAAACCGAGAAAGGCGGCAUCAAAGACAUCAUUAUGGUGAAGAGCAAUCGCAAAGCUAUCAUUAUAAUGACGGUUUUGAACGGCGGGCAACACAUAGUCGCUAUUAGCGUGAUUCUAAUGAAUUUGCACGAUAUCCUAAACUCCGCCGGUUCGAUUUACAUGGACUCCUCUCACGCCGGUAUACUGUUCUCUGUGAUAAUGCUGGUGUUCGCCAAUUUCGCCUCGUUGCAGGUGGAUAGGUACGGCAGGAAAGCCCUUCUGCUCUUAUCCACAACGCUAACAGGCUUCUGUCUCUUGGCUAUUGCGGUUUACUUCAAUCUAAUGCUGGCGAAUUACGAUGUAGUCAACGUUAGUUGGAUCCCCAUCGCGUCUGUGAUGAUUUACGCGGCUACUUUCAAGAUAGGCUUAGGCGUCGUGCCGAUUGUGAUAACGGCGGAGAUUUUCCCCGCCAAAGUGAAAGCCUUGGGGAUGACCAUAGCUGAUGCUAUGUACGUGAUCGGGUCCAUAAUCAGUAUUCAAUUGUACACUUGGCUGGAGUCCUCUUACGGCAAGCACGUGCCGUUCUAUGUGUUCACUGUCGGUAGUUUUUGUAUCGCUUUGUUUAUUUUGAAGUACUUGCCGGAGACCAAAGGGAAAACUCUGGAGGAAAUUCAGUUCCUGCUGAAAGGGGAGAGGUACAUACCGACCAGUAAGAGCGAUCCGCUGAUCAACGGGCAAGAUGUCUGAUGGUUUUUGAUGUUCGAAAUUGUUGGAGUACUAGAGUAAUUUAGAUAAAUUAAUUUGUUUUUUUUAAUUUAGUUUAUUACGUGAGACGUAGUUUUGUAAAUAAAUUUAUUUUUGUUACUUGCAG